GUAGACUCAGGCAUCUAUCAUCCUAGACAUUCUACAUUCACCGGUCCAAAGCUUGAGAGCUUGCAGAGCUCCAGAGCUCCCUUUCUACACACCUACCUCAUCUCACCUCACCCAACCAAUAAGCUCAAGCACCCAAUCCUCGUUGACGAGCACCAUCGUACUCAAACACCCGUCACGCCGGAAGAAGAUACAGACAUUAGCAAAUACGGGUUCUACAACAGCUACCUUAGGUCAUGACAAUUAACCCCAUCAAAAUGUCCGGCGCCCUUCUUCCCCUCCGAGCCCGGCACUGCCUCAUCACCGGCGCCUACGGAGGCAUCGGCGCCGCGAUUGCCUCCCGCUUCGCCGCCGAGGGCGCCCUGGUGACCCUCCUCGGCCGCAAGGAAAACAAGCUGCGUGACCUCUGCGCUCAGCUCCCGCCCUUCCGGGAUCACCGCCUCGCCCCUCUGACCUCCUCUGCCUCUGCCUCCGCCUCGCCGUCGCCCUCCGAGGCUAAACCAACCCAUUCUUACGCCGUCAUGGACGUCUCCGCUGACGCUCGUGAUGAGGCUGUCCUCGAUGAUAUCUGGAAACGUACGGGCCAGAUAGACGUCCUUGUCAACGCCGCGGGUAUUGCGCAAUUCCAGCUGUUGCAAAACACCUCCCCACAGGCCGCAAGAGAGCUCAUCGACACAAACCUCAUGGGCACAAUCUUCAUGUCUAGGUACAUGGCCCAACGCAUGAAGCGCAGACGCGCAGACAGGGAUGCCUGCAUUAUCAACGUUGCUAGCUUGCUGGCCGAAAAAGGCAGCCCUGGCACCAGCGUCUACGCUGCAUCAAAGGCCGGUAUUAUUGGCCUCACCCACGCCCUGUCGGUCGAGCUAGGGCCAUUGCGCAUCAGGACCAACGCCAUCGUUCCUGGCUACAUAGAAACAAACAUGCUUGCCGCAAUGUCGAGGGAGCCUCUCGAGAAGAGGAUACCAUUGGGUCGCUUGGGGCGGCCUGACGAGGUCGCCGAUGCUGCCGUCUUUCUUGCUCAAAACACCUACGCCAACAACUGCAUCCUCAACUUGGAUGGCGGGCUCAGUGCUGUCUGA